AUGUCUUCGAUCUUUACCACUGACAACUACUUUUGCGCCCCUGCUACCAUCACUUAUGAUGAUGACGAUAAUCUAAUCAACGUCGUGAUGAAUUUUGGUUCUAGAGGAACGUGCACAUUCAAAACCGAUAACGAUCCGGGUGGUGACUUACACCCGUUCGCUGGCCAAAUAUUCUAUAGCAAUUUUGAUUAUAUGUUAAUUGGUUCAUCAAUUCGUUAUAGCCUUCGUACGGGUGGAAAGUACGCGAUUGUCACCAUAGGCAAUCCAGAUCAGGCUACCGCAGGAACGUCCGACGCCUUCCCGUCCGCUAAAGUUGUCCUACCCACGCUUACUUCGCUCUCCUCUCUCGGCUCGUCUCUGCUCGUUUUUCCGUUCGCCUCUCCUCGUCUCGACUCCGCCUCGGACCUUCUCCUUUCGCAAUUACCCCCGUUCUCCCAAUUUCUGGAAUUCGUCAAUUCCUGCACCACGCACCGCCCGGACCUUUCACCUGUCACAGUCGGCCAUAAGUAG